AUGAGUGGGCACAUGCUGAACCCUGGUACACCGGGGAUCAAUUUAUGGAAUAGUUUGUUGACCGCUACAAGCCAUCAUGACGGCCCUCAAGGACAAGCCAAUCACCAUGGAGCUGUUCCUGCUAACGGAGCAGUAAACCAGGGUCAUCCCUCAUCCGACGAGGCAGCAGCUGCUGCUAAUGUGCCCCAUCAAGGACAAGGAAACGAUCUUCACGACUCUAACCCACAAUACAAUCAGUUCGUGACAAACUUGAGAAAUUCCGGUCUCACACCCAACGAGUCGAAUCUCAGAUCAGGAUUGACUCCGGGUGGUAUCAACCAGCCCGGGUAUCAAUUUGGGGGACAAGUUCAGUACUUGAACAACCCUGGAAUGUUGGCAAACCCGAUGACUCCGGGGUUGUCCAGUUUACUCGGCUACAAUCAAAUUCAUCCGGAGGAAGUUCAGAACACCACCGCUGAAACCCAGACUAAUAACAAUACCCAGCAGCAUCCUUCUGUGGGCGUUCCGUCUCAAAUUCAGCAGGUUGCACAGCCACCACUAACGCAAGAUACCCAACAGGGAAAUGCGAAGAAAGCUCCACCAAAGCGCAAAGCCAGUGUCUCUGAGAAACAACAAAAGAGGAAGAAGUCAGAGGAGUCGAGACCAGCUACAAAGACGGAAAGUAGUUCUGACCAAGUCAACGAGAGCCAAAAUGAAAACGAAGAUAAGCGCAAGGUUUUCCUCGAGAGAAACAGGGUUGCUGCCUCGAAAUGCAGAAAGCGGAAGAAGCAGCUCAUGGUAAAGAUGGAGGAGGAGUUGGCGUUUUACUCGGCGGGAUACCGCAACCUCUCGUCUCAGGUAACCCAGAUUAGAGACCAGCUCGUCAAUCUUCGUGGAAUCCUUGUUGCGCACAAAGACUGCCCAAAGUUAGCUGCUACUGUAGGUGGGUUCGAAGAUUUACAGUCUGUGCUUCAAGAGACAAACUAUGUGAUCCAGGUGACGUCUCGCAGUGGAGCCAAUACAGCUCUGAUGCCCACCACCAUUCCCACCACACUCAAUCCCGCUCAGGAAGCAGAAAUACGAUCAAACCAGCCAAUUCCGUCGUCUCUUCCGGGUUCAGUGGCUCCCCAUCAUAUUGGAGGCAACCAAGAUCAGGGCCGUACGUCCACUAGGGGCUCUAGUGACACUACCAUACCUACCGAGGCUAGUGCUGGAAUUACACCGUCUAAUGGUGGCCAUCCUAUUUCUAGUCACCACAGUCUCACUGAUUUGCCGGCGGCCUCCCAGGCGUCAAUGCAGAACAUGCAACUCGAUGCAAACCACGGUGGAGACUUGAGAGCCAUAAACAGUAUGUCUAAUCUUACUGCCAUGGGAAGACAGCCUACAACAUUCCAAAGCGGAGGUUUUCGACCCGCUGCUAGCAUGGUUGAUUUGGGUCAAUUGAAUGAACAGCAGCUGACCCAGCACAAUUUCAACGUCGAUCAGCGGGGAUUCGUGGGAUUGACUCAAUCCCAGUCAUAA